CCGCCGCCUUGCCAAAGAUCCUCGGAUCUGACGCUCAGACCCCCAGAUCGGCGCCAGACGCCAGCAACCAGGCGCCGUACCGUCCCGAUAUCACGAAUCAGCGGCCGUUGGGAGCAGCGGCGGCCCCGGAGCUGAAGAAGCUACACACUGCGAUGAUGAAGAAGUGCAGCCAGAUGCUGACGAAGCUGAUGAAGCACAAGGGCGCCAUCUGGUUCAACACGCCGGUGGAUGUUGUGGGGAUGGGCCUCCAUGACUACCACCAGAUCAUCAAGAGCCCUAUGGAUCUGGGUACGGUGAAAUCAAAGCUCAGCAAGGGGUUCUAUCACAGCCCGCUGGAGUUUGCAUCGGACAUUAGAUUGACCUUCAAGAAUGCCCUUGUUUACAAUCCUGAGGGGCAUGAUGUCCACAGGUUGGCCGAUCAGCUGCUCAAGCAGUUUGAGAGCAUGUUCGCUCCUGCGAUUACCAAGCAUGAGAAGCAGCGGAGCGCCAUUCUAAGUGCGGAGGAAGAUCGGAGGCAAAGUGCAUCGUCUUUGGGUCGGGUUGGAUCUACAACGAAGCCUGAUCCUUGUAUUUCUCUUCCUCAUCAUGUUCGAACCCCAGUUCAGUCGAAGGCGGCGGCGGCGAAUUUGCCAGACGAGAAGAUGGCUGAAGUGCUGCGGAUUGUUAGUAGGAGGAACGAGACGUUGCAGAAUGGGGAUGAGGUUGAGAUAGACUUUGAGGUGAUGGACAAUGAGACCCUUUGGGAGCUAGAUCGGUUUGUCAGCAACUGGAAUAAGAUGAGCAAGACGAAGAAGAGGCAGGAAAUCAUGGCUAAUGGCCACCCCAACUAUCAGGAUCCUUCGUCCGUUGUUGCUCCUCCUUCUCCUGCCCCUCCUCCCGAGGUCGACAGCAAGCCUCCUGUCCCGGCGGCUGAGACGCCGGAAGCACUAGCUGCGAAGAAGAGCAAGAAGGGAGAUCCCGUCGAUGAGGAGGUGGACAUUGGAGAUGAUAUGCCGGCCAUCCAUUACCCAUCUGUGGAGAUUGAGAAGGAGAGCAGCUCCAGCAGCUCCGGCAGUGACUCUUCUUCUUCUUCAAGUGAUUCUGACUCAGGGAGCUCUUCAGGGAGUGAUUCCGAUGAUGAUGAUGAUGAAGCCCGGUCCCUGCCCGUGGGUUCCAAGCCAUCGCCGAGAAGCUAACCAACAUUUAGAAUUGUAGUGUAGUGUAGUG